GGUGUUAAAUGUUGAAGAAUAUUACCAUGUCAAUGCUAGUUCUUUUUUUUUUUUCAGACAUUUAACCUUAAGCUAUCUUUGUCUGCUCUUCGACGACCUUGUGUUAACUAUUGAUGUCGAACGUACACUUCAGUAAGUAUAACAAAUCAAACAUAGCAGUCAUAAAAAAAACACCAGAACUGGCGCAUCGUACUAAACAUUAAUAUCUACUUGCUAUUUUAAAAAUACUAACUCGCUAAAGUGACCACGGUGUGUGCAAAUGCCACGUUAUAUGAAGUUGACAGUAACUGGCCAGCAGGGGGUGGUGUUGCUAAACUCUAAUUACAUCUGUUUGUUUCGUAUUGUAAGUUUGACAUCUACAAUAUUUUGAAAAAUGAGAGGGCAAUUGGUACCUGAAUUGAGUUCUGUUGAGGUAUCAUUGAACGACAGGUUAGACAGAGUCAAGACAUUUUCUGAUUGUUUUGAAUCAUUCCUUCCAUCUGACCCCCACCUGCUCAUUAAACUUGUAAAAAAAAAAGGGAAAAAAAUCCAACUUCUCCCUGGAAGUUUUCUGCUUGUGCUGUUUUUAGGCUCUGUCAGGGUGACCACAUAAUGACAGAGCUGGCGUAAAUGAAAGAACCAUGCCCAGUCGCCUCCCUUUUCACUGGCCCAUAUAAAAGCUCUUGCUCGGGGGGGCUCCUUUCCACUGAAUCUCCUCGCUCGCUUCCCCAAAAGCCAAACAUCAACCAGACCCAGUUGCCCCGAUCGGACCCGACCAUGGACAACCUUUCGUACCACCAUUCGUACAAUUACCCCUCCGACUGCACCCCGCUGACCAACUGCAAGUCUGCCCGGAAACCAGCCGGCUCCACCGCGGUCAACAUGGGCAACGUGGGCGAGAACCCGCCUCGGGACUACAUCUUUUGGUCUCUGUGCAACACCAUGUAUGUGAACUUCUGCUGCCUGGGAUUCAUGGCGCUCCUGUAUUCCAUCAAGGCCCGUGAUCAGAAGACGCAGGGUAACCUGCAGCUGGCCCAGGAGUGCUCGGAUAAAGCCAAGUGGUACAACAUCUUGGCAGCCGGCUGGAACCUUCUCAUUCCUCUCCUGGCCGUGGGCCUGCUGGUGCUCCUGCUGGUCCACCUGGGCUCCUCUCAGGGCUCCUCUCAGGGCUCCUUCGACUUCCUCGGAGAGGACGGCCUACAGAAUUUCCUGAAACUCUUCAGCUGGUAGACGGACCGGACAAAAUGACCAAGGCAAUUUUAUUUUAGCGAUUUUGAUUUGAAGGGGAAGUGACGCCGGAGUGUGAUCGGAAGGCAGUCUAGCGUGCUGCAGGUCUAGUUUUGUGCUAAGCUCAGCAGCUUUUUCAUGAUUCUAUUUGGCUAGCAAUGCAGCAGUACUACAAUUUACAGCGAACCCCCCCGAUUGGUGGGGAAUUGGGACAAAGUUCUGACACAAAUUACGAAAAUCUACGGGUAAUUGUCCACACAAAGAAAUAUAUGUAAACGAUGCCUCAAGAUGGCGACAAAGUACAUUUUUCUUUUAAACGAAAAGAAGCUCACCCCUCAAAGAAACAUGAAUAGCAACAUUGAAAAAAAGAUUCUGGACAAAUUUGGAUCUGUGACCGAAACCCAAAGUUUGAGCUAUUGUCGCAUUCCUUGGUGUCGUAAAUUUGGGAGCUGCCGUUCUUGAAAUAUGUUAUAUAUAUUUAUUGUAUUUAUGCAGCCCCGUCCGUCGUUUAUGAAUAUCCGUACCACAACGGAACCCAAUUAUUGCUUUUGAAACAUCUUUAGUUGUGACAACAAAUAGCCGUUGAUGGAAGCCAAAGAUUUGUUAUUGUGAUAAAUCAAGGACGGGGCAACAAUCUCAUUCAGCCUUAAAGAUAUAUUACAGUUUUGCUAGCAUGAGUUUGUAUUUCAAAGAGACGAAAGCGAUUUAAGUAAGAAAUCAUUUUAGGUCGAAAAAGGAAAUCCAGAAGUCGUAACCAUGCUCAAAUUAUCCUUAUGUAUUCAUUGAGAUUGAUUUAAUAGCUGAUUUAAUUCAAUUAGCUGUCUUCAAAAAUAAAUACAUUCAACUUGGAUUGUUUUUAAAAAUCUAGAUCGGUUGAGUGAGAAUUGGCUUAGAAUUUGUGUUGAUUUUUUGAGGAUACCCUGGAUGCAUUAUAUUAUCUGUUUUUUUUGCUCCUUUUUCUUGUUAACUCUUAAUAAAUCCACAAAAUUCAGUGCAAUACUGAACACAA